UACACAAGCGAGACCAUCGAACCGGUUUCUCUCGAAUUUCCACUCUCGCUCGUUCAUUUAUACUCUGUGGAUUUUCGAAACACCCGCAGGUACGCUCAAUUCUUGCAAGACCCGCGUAACUCGGAGUCUCGAAGAUGCGGCCGAUUUUCUGGCUGGCGCCGAUACUGCUGGUGGUAGUCCCCAGCGAGCAGUUCAUCACCGAUCUAUCACUCAUCGGGACUGACUUGUUCAAAAGAAUACCCGAUCUCCCCGAGCUCGGUGACGGUGAGAAACGUGAGUUUUACUAUUACGAACAAACGAUCGUCGUGCGGGACUAUUCGGACGCAGAGCGAAACAGGAUGAUACGCUGUGAAAUUGUGGAAGUUAAUACAGAGGAACAGGUGGCAGAAGCUUUUUGGAAGUUAGCGUCGUGGGAAUUGCCUGGGCAUAAUGUCACAAUGAAAGAGAUGAUGUUUUUCAUGAAUGACUGCGAUGUUCUUGAUGAUGAUAACAACAUAAAUGUUUUCAAUGAGAAGAACGAGGAAGAAACCGCAAAGGCAUCGGAUGCCGAAGAAGAAGAUAGUACUAACAUCGUAUCGAGUCGAAAUUUUUUUCAUGGAAUUUUUCCAGGUACAAAAUGGUGCGGUUUCGGCGAUAUAGCUGAAAGAUACCACGAUUUAGGAAAAUUUCGGAAUACCGAUAGGUGUUGUCGUGCCCAUGAUCUCUGCCCGAUAAAAGUACUUAGCAGAAAAGAACGAUAUUGUUUGAAAAAUUUGGCUAUAUACACUAAAUCACAUUGCAUGUGCGAUGAAGCUUUCUAUAUCUGUUUGAAAAAAAAUAAUGGUCUACCGGACAAAGCUGUUGGAGGUGUCUUUUUCAACAAAUUUACGGCACCGAAUUGCAUCGAAGGACUUCCGGAAUUUCCAGAAGAGCCAAUGAAGUUUGUCCCAGCAAAAAGAAAAUGGUUGUAA